UUGGGCAUGGGCGAGUGAACGCGAUGAGCCGACUUCCGUCCUUAUUGCUUAGGCAGGAUUGGAUUGCUUCGGCAUCGUACAGGCCUGGGCGGUGGCUGGUGAGGAUUCAUGACGAGUGUCCGGAUCGGCGUUGCUGCACUCACAGAAAUCAAUACCGUAUUAUCUUGCAGUCAUUUACUCCUAGGAUUCUGUCACAUGUGGUCGUUAUCAGCAUUGCCUCCAUUAUGUCCGAACGUUGGCAGGUGUUCAGGCUAUUCCUGUGCUUAUAACGAUGGUUGCAGUCCUUGCAAUCAGGCCUGAACGCGUGGCAAGUGAGUCGUCAAAGAAGAAAGAGCGGCACCCCAAGGCUAUCAGGGCGUGAAGAACGCCACCUAUUCAUGAACAUAACGCCCUCGGUGACGCCAUACAAAGAGGCAAGCUCUCACAGACGAAACUCGGAUCCAUCAAUAGGCGUAAUGAGCGGGGAAGGGCCUCCAAAGGAGACAUGCAGUCGGGUAAGGAGAGCGUGCAAUCGCUGUCGUCUUAAAAAAGUCAAGUGCGACGGUCACAUUCCAUGCGCGAGGUGCGAACAGGACCAUGCUACCUGCAAGAUCAACUACGACGCUACGUGCAUCAAGGAUCUGAGAAAGAACUAUAUUGCAAAUCUGGAAGAGCAACAGAUCUCUCUACUCGGGGCUCUGAGAGACCUCCACCGAAAGUUGCCGCUCAACAUCGAUGUAUGCGACACGGUAGAGCAGUUACAACGGGAAGGCUUCGACAUCGAAUCAGUGAGAUUCAAAGACCCGCACCGAGACUCGCAGAAGGAUGAGAGCUUUCAUGAAAGCGUCAGUCCCAAGACAGCACCUCAGCUCAACCCUUGGGAACCUGAACAGCUGACCAUGGACUAUCUCCAAUCACUUCUUGAGCAGCCAGCCACGCCUCCAAAUUUGACAUGGCACUGCGGCGACACCACACGAAUUGAGGCUCAGCAUCACCCACAGCCAACACGAUGGGAUUCUGCUGGUAGCGUCUUCGGUACGACAGUCCCACAGAAUAUCCACUCUAUCGUCGAUCCACUAUCAGGACGCUUCAUCAACCUAUCCACAGCGUCUUUCGGGGCAGGAGACUUGAACAUGAUUCUGAGUUGACUGGUGUCGACAAUGCGUAGGCUGCAUGUACACGUUUGAACUUAAAGAAGCGCUGCAGAAGGGUGGAAAUCGAUCAGUGUGGAGUGCAAUAAGACGUACAUCAUAAUAUUAGCAAACAACUUCAUAUAUGUUGCGGCAGACGUAGUCGCUGUAUGUAUCAAUGGAAAACUGCGCUGAGUUGCUUGCUAGCUAGGAGGCGACCAUAUAUACAUGUCCUGAGACUUGCUAGUCCAAUGUAGUCAACCGAGGUGACGAUCAAGGCUAUAGGA